GUAGUUUUGAGAUGUGAAGAUGGAAUUUAGGUGCUGUGUUAAAUUUGACGAAUAAAAUUCGUGAAGUAGUACUAAAUACUGUGAAUAAUUUGUGAUUUUACGUGUGUUUGCUACAUGCAUUUCGAUUAUAGUGUUUUUGUUGCUUAAACCGCUAUUACAAACUAUACUUUGUGAGUUAAUAAUCCAGUGACAAUUUAGUGUAGGCCCAAUUUGAAAAUGGAGGCUAUAGCAAAACAUGAUUUCAAUGCAACCGCAGAUGAUGAGCUAAGUUUCAAGAAAAACCAAGUUCUCAAAAUACUUAAUAUGGAGGAUGAUAUGAAUUGGUAUAGAGCUGAAUUAGAUGGGAAAGAGGGUCUUAUUCCUAGUAAUUACAUACAAAUGAAGAACCACAGCUGGUAUUAUGGUAGAAUAACACGAGCAGAUGCAGAAAAACUAUUAGCUAAUAAACCUGAAGGUGGUUUUCUCAUAAGGAUCAGUCAAUCUAGCCCUGGUGAUUUCUCAUUAUCAGUUAAGUGUCCAGACGGUGUGCAACACUUCAAGGUGCUCCGGGACGCGUCCAGUAAGUUCUUCCUGUGGGUGGUCAAGUUCAACUCGCUCAACGAGCUGGUGGAUUACCACCGCACUGCCUCCGUCAGCCGCCUGCAGGACGUCAAGCUGCGAGACGUGGUGCCCGAAGAGAUGUUAGUGCAGGCGCUGUACGACUUUACGCCGCAGGAAGCUGGUGAGCUGGAGUUCCGGCGCGGUGACGUCAUCACCGUACUCGACCGCUCCGACCAGCACUGGUGGCAGGGCGAGAUAGCGCAUCGCCGCGGUCUGUUCCCCGCGUCGUACGUGACGGCCUACCACUCGUAGCUCCGGAGAGCCCUCUGUCUCGCCAUCCCUGACGACCGUCUGGCGCCGCCCUGCCUCUAGACUCACCAUGAGUCCUACACGGCACCUUGACGACACAUUAACACUUCACAACGUUCAGUCGUUUCAUAAAUUGCCGGAUCGGAUAGUUUAUCCGUAACAUCACUAGAUUUCAGUUACCAGUUAAGAGUAGCUGGACGCUUUUGUAGUCUGGGGCGUGCGACUGGGCGACUAGUCCGUCACCCGUGUAAAUCCCUUAAAUAGACAUCACAGUCCACCAAUACAAGAAAUCACUCACGAUAAGUUUAGCUUCUAGUAAGACUCAUGUAGCUAACUCAUUGUAGGUGUUGAAAUUUCGUUCGUCCUUUUGACAUUACAACGCACACAUACAUGGCCCUUCCAUCAGAAUAACAGUACAUUUCAAUACAUGUGCGGAAGUCAUUUCUUCACGGGCCAAAGCGGGACGAAAACAGAAAACACUUGUGCGGAAUAGAACAACUUUCUGCAUGCUAAAUACACCUGGAAAUAUCUACUUUUUAAGCAGAUUUUCUUUAAUAAUAAUAUAUUUUAUUUAGAAGCUUGCUCUUGUAGGGGCUGAUGGUGUUUUAACUUACUAUUAGAAGGGGAACCAUGAAUCUCAUGGUUCUAAAACAACGACACAUUCGAUUGUAUUUAUCGCAAUAACGUAUUAAAGUUAUCAUUUCGCAUUAGUAUCGCUUACCGCUCAAGAUACAAACAGGAGCCUAUCUUGGAAAGAAUCACCGUGUAUCUGUGCGUAGCAAUGUCAAAGUGAUAAGUAAUUCAUUCAACAUUAAAUACUGAAUUAUAAUCUACCCGCAUUUCAUUGGCAUUGGAAGUGCUGUCAAUUAUUGGCUACUAUUAUGUCACUACGCAGAGAGAUAUGAAGAUGUCACACAAUUUUUUAUUAUAGAAGGGAGUAUCGCGACAUAUUCAAAAUAUAUCUAUAUUUAUUUAAAAUAAAAAAAUAUUAUAUAUAAGAUUAAAACACGUGUAAUUAUGACGGAGUAUCGACAUUAAUUAACUAUUAUUCUGACUGUUUCCUUUCCCACUAAUUUGUUUGAAAAUAACAGCUUUAUGGUAAGAGUUGACAAUCUCUAUUGUCAAAUUACCUUUCUAUAACUCGCAUGCUUUACAUAUCUUGUAUCUCUCUCGUAUGUGGACAUAAUUGAAUUAAAUAGUGCAUUGCUUCUAAUCAAGUGAUACAUGACGAUCUUAUUAACAUGUCAUAUAAAUUGCCCUCAUUUCACAAUAUAUCUUUGCAGAUAUCGAUCAUAACUUAAAUUUGAAAAAUAUAGCAUCACGCCAAUGACAUUCUUUACAUACAGACAAAUAAAGUUGUAUAAAAGCCGAAGUAUGGAAUGACACAAAUUAUACAAAAAUAGCUCCGACUGCUAUAUCUGUACAUUGCCCCAUUUACUGGAGUUGUUGAAAAUAUUAUUUGUCAAUAAGCAGCAAUGUAAAAUAUUUAUUACUCCGGAUUUGGUUCAGACAGUGACAGUUGACUAAGGAGAAAAGUGUGCUUACAUUAUCUUUUAGCACACUUUUGCCGUUCCGCUAUCAGACUGCGAAUGAUAUGUCCAUAUAUAAGUAUAGAACGUCAUUGCAUCACGCAUAUAAUUAAAACCAUCACGUCGAAUGAGCCAUCUUAAAAAGUUAAAUACUCCAUGAUUGUAGGUCAUGUUUUGACAUAACAUUGUAUCUUGUGUGUCAAUCAUUCAUACAGAGGGUUAAUAUUAAGUAGAGAUACGAAUAUAAUUAUUAUCUUCAUUGAGAGUUGCUUGUAUUAGUGGCAGUAGCUGACCGCGUGUACAUAGUGGGGUGCCUUCACGGUAUAUCACUCAAAUUAUUUGUCUCAGCUCGAAAACAUAUCUCCAGUACGGCUUUCCGAUCAAUUUAUGUAUAUUGGACGCUAUAUGUGUAUGGCAUCGCUAUUCUUAUUCCUCUGGUGUUAAGAGAGUAACUAUAUAUACUGGGGUAAUCACAUCUCUUCCAUAAAAAAAAAAGGAUUUGAAUCACACUUUUAAUAAUUUAUUGUUCACAAUGGAAUUAAAAAAGAACUAGUACGGACUGUCAUUUCAGUCAGUGUCAUUUGUCAGUUAUUAAGUAAAAAGCUAGUAAUUUCACAUAAAAAACGGAUCACUUUAAUUUGUUUGUAUGGAUAAGUUGUUUGAUUUAAAUACAUUUUGUGGUGUGCACUUUUUUGCGAUUAUCAGCCUAACAGAGGAAAUCUAAGAAAAAAGCGAUUCACUCGAUUGUAUUAAACGUGCAGUCAUUGCCAAAUUGACAGAUGACGGCUAUAAUCUUGUAAAAAACAAACAAAAUACAAAAUCACAUUAGAAAAUAAUUAAUUUAAAUGAUUACAAAAAACUAUACAAUAUAUAUUUUAAACAUUAACAGAAUAGAAUUUUGAAUUACCUUCAAUCGGAACAAAUUUACAGGCUACCCAUUCCCCAUUUAUGAUCUCUUUCCAAGGCGCGAUCAAAAUUGUACUUAAUACAACUUUGACACGGGCAAUUUUGCCAGACUGUAAACGCCGUAAAUGCUCUUUCGCAUUUCAAGGACAUCACUUUCAGCCAGAUGAUGCAGUUAUGGGAUGUUUAAAUGCAAUGAAUGAAUAUAUUUGUGACUACCGUGAAGUUUGCCCCCGGGCUUAAAUGUUGACAAUAUUACAUGUUUUAUACGUAGUUGUGACGUCCGUUGUGUUACAACAAUAUGUGUUUGGAUAGUUAGUUCUUCAUGUUUAAUGUCUAUGGUAUUUUUCAGCUUAUUAAAUAUAGGUUCCGCUUUAGUCUUUGAGUAUUUACCCAAAUGGAGGCGAGACGUGAAUUUAGCAGAUUACUAUUAUAAUUAAGAAAGCUCCAGUUCACCCUUCAGUUCUUAAAUUCUCUUAAUAUUUUUUUAAACAAUGGCCACCCGAUAGGAUUUCGCCAUGUGCGCUAGUCUGAGUAGUUAUCCAGUUCUUAUAUGUACACUGUAGUGUGCGUUAUUUAAAUAAAUAGUAUUACGAGUCCACCGCAGCUGCGAAUUAAGUAAGAUUUAAAAUGCAUCUACUUAGCAGGCGGCUAAAGUAGCUCUUUCAUCAAAAAAAGUGUGUGUGUACUUAUGGAUGCACGCAAGAAGUUAUACUUCUUUGGCCUAAAGAAGCAAAAAUCAUUAAAAUAAUGUAUUCCUCAUGCUAUUUAACGUUUUUAGAAAGAACAAUUUUGUAAAAAUCUUGCAAAGAUGGUUUUGACAAUUAAUUCUUAAAUAAUGAAUACGGCUGUAUGGACUUGAACCCUUUGACUGUCCUAAUAAUGGACGAAGAAACCAAAAAGAAAAUAACGAAUGACGCAAACGUCAGAAAAUUUUAGGAACCAUCUUUACCCUGUUACCUUUGUGUUACAGUGAUGCGCGCGUGUCUUAAAAUUUCACUCUCAUCAUUUUUUCAUAACCCGCCUAAAGAAGUAUAACUUCAAGUGUUACUUUUUAGUGAAACAGCUACUAUAUUACUGUCUCUAUUCUGUAGUAUAACUCGCCCUUUCAGGUAUGGCUUAGCUAAGUUUGUUCAUUAUACAUAAAAUGUAGAAAUGCAUGAUUAAAUUUUGUGUUUUUACAUAACUUAACUAGCGACACGCUGUGACGGUCGCUUAGACAGUUGGGUGCUCGUACAGUCUCGUAUGAAUUGAAUACUACGUUUGUAGGAACUUUUUUUUUUUUUUUUUUUUUUUUUUUUCAAUGACUUUUGGAUAGUCGCUUAAUCACUCCGGAAGGUUGUACAUAUUAAUGACCCUCUUCCCUUUGCCGGUUUGUUUGAGAGCAUGUCUAACAAUUUGAGUCAAUGUUUGGUCCUGUUGUUCUUCUUUAAUCCGAUGAAUGAUUUCAGGUGUUAGACCGUACUUCCCGUAUUUCAACACGCAUUUGGGGAGACCCGGGUACUUCGGACUGAGUAAAAUUCCACUCUCUAGUUCCGAGACCAUUAUUGGUCUGGAAUGUCUGUCCUCUCCUGCUGGUUUGGUCUCUUUGGUAAAUGCAGGAGAUUCCGGAAUGGGAGACUUUUCCCUCGUCGGAGAUAGGUAAUCGUUGGUGACAUGGAAUUUGAAGACCCCUUUCCUUCCGAACGGACUAGACUGUAUGGUACCCGGAACUGCUGAGUGGACCUUUAUGACUCUAUCUAAGAUACCUGCUACUCUUCUUCUAUCUUUGCUGGAUUUCAAGAAUGAUAAAUCAACCAAGGUUGUUCUGUCCCCUACCACCUUCACAUCUCCCGGUAAAGUAGACAGAGAAAGUCUAACUGCCGCGGCAAGUCCACCCUCUUGGAUCUCUUGCUCCACCUCCCCGGCUCUGUUAUAUAGGUCUUCCAGACUUCCCAUCUCCUCUCUUUGUUCAUAAUCUCUGUACUCUGACUCAACGAUCUCUGGAUUUACAGAAACAGAGUCUUCAACGAUGUCAGAUUCGAUUCUUUCCCACGGGUCUUCUCGGAGAUUGAGGGUCUUCAAAUCAACUUCGGCCUUUUGAAGACUUGCGGAGGCAUUGACUCCUUCAUCUGACUCUCUAUCAUAGAUCGGAAGUUUAUUAUCCCAAUCCUCCUUUCUAGCCACAUCUUUGGCAGUUCUGAGAUCAGGACGAUCCAUUUCAGUUUUUUUCAAGAUUUGUUGUGUACUUAUUGUGGUACCAUAUUGUCAAUAGCUUUUCGACGUUAAAUUAAAAUUGAAACAGCGUAGGUACACUAGCUUAAUUAAUUUAAGCAGGUUUUUUGUAAGUAUUAGGUACAAAAAACCUGCUUUUGAAUGAUUUCAAUUCAACGGAUAUGAGACGCUCCUUCAAACGCUUUACAGAAACACUCGUCUCCGCAUGGUUAAUUACUCAAAGAAUUCAACAGAUGUGACGUUAAAAAUAUAUAAUUUAGUACAAAUAACUUUCAAAUGUUUAUCGUAACGAAUUUAUUGUCAGUCAUAUUAUCGAGUAUUGUCCGCUUAUGUGCCACGAUAUUUUUGUAGUAUAUUUUAAAUACAUAUUAUUGCUUUAGUAAUAGUGCGUGCGGGAUCAAAUCGGUUAUUACCGGAUUGUUCCUUUCAUAUAUAAAUGUGUUUUGUAAUUUUGCGUUAUAAUAUGUGAUUUAACGAACGACUUUUAUUUAUCCUUUAAUAGUGUGUAAUGCUCAUUAAAUCUUACCAUUUUAAACCCUAUAAGAUAAGUUGUAGUAUUUAAGUUUUAUCCGUUUGUACGUUUUGUAUUGCAAGUAUAGCUGUGGCGCCCUCUAUGUCCCUAGCUUUGUAACAGUUGAUUUUCGCACAAAUGUAGUGCUGGAGUUAUGUUUGUGUUUAUAAAAUGCCUCAGUUACGCCUCCCUGAUGUUGUUUGUAUCGAACGAGGUGUGAAUAAGGUAAAUAAAAAAACAUUUGUUAUAAGGUCAGUUUUUUUUUAAUAAACACAAAUGCAACAUCGGCAAUACGACCAUGAUUUUGUAUUCGAUAGUAUAUUUGUUAAUAUUGGCGAUAAUUUUUGUAUUUUUUGUACGGCGAGAGCAUUUUAGAUAAAUUUACCGUUAAUUAGGCUUUAGAAAUGGAUAUUAUUGAUCAUUUUAUCGAGUUAAAUAGAACUUUAACUAAAAUAAUAUAUUCCGUUAUAAAUAAUUUUGUCAUAGUACAGCUUGCAAAAAAAGUAAUUAUUGACAUUAUAUAUCGACUGGUAUGUAUGUAGGUGUCUUGAUUGUUGUAGUUCCGGAUCUAUCACGGAAGUAUUCUGAAUCAAAAGCUACGAUUGGCCGGCCUGGCUUUAACAUCUUUAUUUCAAAAAGACGAAGAUACUAUAUUAAUGUAUUCCAAAAAAAAAUUACACUUGAUAAAGAUGAUCGGUGAAACAAUAUUAUUUCGAACGUUCCGUGUUUUAGAGUAAAACAGACAGUCGUUAGUAGCAUUGAAUUAGAUUGUAUGAUAAGAUGUGUAGCCUUUAAUCAGUUCGACCAUUGAUGAAUACAUCAAUGGUCAUAACGAGAAAUUGUUAAUCUGACAUGUGUAUGACAUGACAUACACAUGUCAUGUCAUAUAGUAACACGUACUUAGUUAGCGUGUAAAAUGAUAGUCAAGACUUUGGAUAUAUCGAGUGCUCGUUAAUACAGUGUAGAUAUUUAUUUUUGUUAUUGUAUCCGAAAUUAUAUUAGACGACGUGAUGGGGUCUUGGGAAAUAAUAUGUGGUUGACAAGAGGUCAUGCUUACAUAUAAAAAUUGUUUAAUUAGGAAUACACUCCUCCUCCUCUCCGCUUUGGUUAAUACCGGGCCUUAAACCAGCCGCUAGCGCUCAAGGUCGAGACGGAAGGGUAUUACCAAUAUCGUGCUCUCACUCACGCUGACGUGGAAGGGGCGUGAUUACGAGUCUUGUUACGAGUUGUGUCACAUUUGUUCCUUGUGCAUCUAUCUGGGACGAAUUAUAUCAUUCAUUCGUAACAUGUGUGUUGCUGUUUUUGCGGGUUGCGGGAUAUUUGGAAUUUUAAAAUGACAACUGAGUUGAUAAUGCUACGAUUUUCAUGAAUAAAUUGCCGCUUUCACGCGAGUCAAAUCGAAAUGCAUAUCGUCGUAGUAAUGCGCCUGAUAAUUGAGAAUCGAUUCGGCGCGGCACGACUCGAUUCUGUUUGAUUCGACGCGACUCGGUGAGCCUUAUGGACGCGCAAGCCUUUAUCGUGUUUUUUUUUUUAUUUCUAUCGUCUCAAGCUAUUAAAAAUUAGAAGCUUGCAGUAUAAAAUUUUCUAUGCAUGCGUUACAGCCACAAAAUCUAUGCUUUAUAACGCAUUGCUGUAUAUUGUAUAUUUAACAAACGAUUUUUACUGACAUGUCAGUGUCGCCGACGUUAAAAAAUUAUGUCAAAAUAAAUAUUACCGAUAAUUAAGAGUAGUUAGAGCUAAUACUUAAAGAAUAUCUACAAGUUUGUAACGUAAUGUGCGUGUCUAUGGAUUAACAGUAUGGUAAUGUGUGUGAGGACGCCUUUGUAUGUGUAUUUAAAAGAUAUCCCACAGUAAAGCAUUUAAUGUGUUUUAGUAUAGGGGCAACAUUGCAACUCUAAUAUAAUAUUAUGUGCUUCUCGCUGUAGAUGUAAGUCGGCAUGUUUUAAAACCCGUAACAUGGAAGUGCUAUAAUCUAUUAUAAUCAAAAUAUUUAAAAUAAUUAAGUUAUAAUUCUCCAAUAUUGUGGAAGAUGUAUCAUAUUUUUACUAAUAAAUUUAAUAUUGUA